AUGUCCCACCUCUCCCUAAUGCAUGUUAGCUCGAUUUUAAGGUUCCUAAAGGAAGAGGAAAAUAGUGUUCUUCAUAUAUUUGAGAGUUCGGGAGUUUUGAUUAAUCGCCCCAUAAGAUUAUUCGAAGUAGGCGUAAAGCCGCCGGAGCCACCAUCCACCGCCGCCGCAAGCUGCUGCGGGAGUUCAUCCGCAGCCGCGUCCCUGGCCGUUCCCAGCCGCAAUCAGCCCGCCUCUUCAGCUCAGGGCCUUCUCGAGUGCUUUCUUCGGGGUCGCGGUGGGUUUGGAAUCAGUGUGUGCUUCUGGGCUCGGCUCGGAGAGGCGGAGGGCGAUGAACAAUGGAGAUCUGACGUCGACGGUGAGUUGGCAGCGGUCGACGUCAAGGAAGGAGAGAUAGGCUUCAAGCACCCCGUCUCAAUCUGA